UGGCAGCAGUGGUGAGAUUGUUGACCUGUCAGAUCCGCGGCCGACUUCACUCUUUCUAGUUUUGACAACGUCAAGUUGCGCGUCAGUGAAAUGGCAGUCACAAAAGCAGUGGCGGGCAAAGCCCAACCCAAAAAGCAACAAAUCCGCGGCAAGGGUCUGAAAAAGAAGAAGGUCGCCCUCAAAUUCGUCAUCGACUGCACUCAUCCCGUUGAGGACUCAAUCUUGGAUGUUGCCAACUUUGAAACCUACUUGAAGCAGAGGAUAAAGAUCAACGGCAAAACUGGUAACUUUGCCGGGGGCAAAGGCGCCCAGCACGCCGUGACUUUGGGGCGCGAAAAGGGCACCAAAUUGAUUCUGAGCUCCGAAAUUCCCUUCUCCAAAAGGUACCUGAAGUACCUUACAAAGAAGUACCUCAAGAAAAACAACCUCCGCGAUUGGUUGAGAGUUGUUGCUUCGGGAAAAGACAGUUACGAGCUCAGGUACUUCCAGAUCAACAACCAGGAUGACGAUGACGAGGAAGACAAUGAAUAAGUUAUAAAUAAGACCAAUAAAACAUUUUUUUUUCACAAAUA